ACCACCAACCAAACCAAACCAAAGAUAUAAGAUAGCAAUUAGCAAAGUGAAGUUAACUGAACUCAACACACACACACACACACACACAAAAACUAUUGUUAUAUUGUUGAAUGUCAAUGGCCUCCUUAUCCCUCUCUUCGCCAUCGCCUCCAUCACUCUCAUCAUCACACCACAAUGCCUCCUCCACCCACCUUAUCCUACGCACCCCCAAAUCCCUUAAACUGCGCACCAACCUUCAAAGACCUUUCUCCCCACUCUCCGUUCGAGCCAUCACCCUCACCCAAGACGACCUCAAGAAACUCGCCGCCGACAAAGCCGUCGAGUACGUCAAGAGCGGAAUGGUCCUCGGCCUCGGCACCGGCUCCACCGCCGCCUUCGUCGUCGCCAAGCUAGGCCAGCUCCUCAGUUCCGGCCAACUCAAGGACAUCGUCGGCGUCCCCACCUCCAAGCGCACCGAAGAGCAAGCACGGUCUCUCGGCAUCCCUCUCUCCGUCCUCGACGACAAUCCCCGUCUGGAUCUGGCCAUCGACGGCGCCGACGAGGUUGACCCCGACCUCAACCUGGUGAAAGGUCGCGGCGGAGCCCUCCUGAGAGAGAAGAUGGUUGAGGCUGCGUCGGAUAAGUUCGUUGUGGUGGCUGACGACACGAAAUUGGUGACGGGGCUGGGUGGGAGUGGGCUUGCUAUGCCGGUGGAGGUUGUUCAGUUCUGUUGGAAAUACAAUUUGAUUAGGCUUCAGGAAUUGUUCAAUGAAGAAGGUUGUGAUGCCAAAUUGAGAUUGGAUGAGAGUGGGAAACCCUACGUCACUGAUAAUUCGAAUUACAUCGUUGAUUUGUACUUCAAGACUCCAAUCAGAGAUGCCUUGGCUGCUGGAUCUGAGAUUUCAGCUCUGGAAGGUGUGGUUGAGCAUGGCUUGUUCUUGAACAUGGCCACCUCUGUCAUCAUUGCUGGCAAGACCGGUGUUGAAGUCAAGAACAAGUGAAGUGCAUUUCUCAUUAUUUUUUGACGUUAUCUAUCUAUUGUUUUUGUUUUGGAUUCCUAUCCCCUAGUGAAUUUAUAAUAAGUUUAAGUUGGAUGGAAGCAAUGUGAUAUGAUUAUGAUUCAUAUUUAGUAAAUGAAAUGAAAGUCAUGCUGAAUGUAAAUGUGAUUCUUCAUAAUAUUUAGUAUGGAGAUUAACAAGGAGAAGAAAAAUGAAAUAGAAAUUUGAUUCAAUUGCGUCGUAAUAGUGCCGCAAGCCGCGUCAUACGAGCGU